CCCUCACCCCCCCCACCACCACCAUGGAUCACUCCUCGUUCAGCGGUGCACCUCGCUUCCUAACCCGGCCCAAGGCCUUCGUGGUGUCGGUGGGCAAAGACGCCACGCUGAGCUGCCAGAUCGUGGGCAACCCUACGCCGCAGGUCAGCUGGGAGAAGGACCUGCAGCAGGUGGAGGCGGGCACUCGCUUCCGCCUGGCCCAGGACGGCGACCUGUACCGCCUCACCAUCUUGGACCUGGCGCUGGGUGAUAGCGGGCAGUAUGUAUGCCGUGCGCGCAACGCCAUCGGCGAAGCCUUCGCGGCGGUCGGCCUGCAGGUGGACGCCGAGGCAGCGUGCGCCGAGCAGGCACCCCACUUUCUGCUGCGGCCCACAUCCAUCCGCGUGCGCGAGGGAGCCGAGGCCACCUUCCGCUGCCGCGUGCGCGGUUCGCCGCCGAUGUCUGUGAGCUGGGCCAAGGAUGGGCGGCGCCUGGGCGCGCUGGACGCUCCCCGAGUGCGCGUGGAGGCGAGCGGCGAGGCGAACGCGCUGCGCAUCCUGGCUGCGCGUCCGCGCGACAGCGGCACUUACACGGUGCACGCGGAGAACCCGCUGGGCGCCGCUAGUGCAGCCGCCGGACUUUCAGUGGACAAGGAAACAGACGCAGACUGCCCACCUGGGGCCUCCACAGCCAUGCUCCUGGCGCACCUGCAGCUGCGGCGCGAGGCCAUGCGCACCGAGGGCGCCCCGGCCUCGCCACGCAGCGCCUGCACGCGCACCUGCACGGUGACUGAGGGCAAGCACGCGCGCCUCAGCUGCUUCGUGACGGGUGAGCCCAAGCCUGAGAUAGUGUGGAAGAAGGAUGGGCAGCUGGUGGCCGAGGGCCGGCGACAUGUGGUGUAUGAGGACGCGCAGGAGAACUUCGUGCUCAAGAUCCUCUUCUGCAAGCAGUCAGACUGUGGCCUCUAUACUUGCACGGCGUCCAACCUCGUGGGCCAGACCUACAGCUCCGUGCUAGUCGUCGUGCGAGAGCCCAAGGUGCCCUUCAGAAAGCGGCUGCAGGACCUGGAGGUGCCAGAGAAAGCGUCGGCCACGUUCCAGUGUGAGGUGCCGCAGCCGCCCAUGGAGACUGCGUGGUAUAAGGAGGAGACGCGGCUGUGGGCCGGUGCCAAGUACCUCAUCGAGGAGGCAGGCGCUGAGCGCCGGCUGACCGUGCUCAACGUCACCUCCGAUGACGAUGCUGUGUACAUCUGCGAGACGGCAGAGGGCAGUCGCACGGUGGCCGAGCUGGCGGUGCAAGGCAACCUCCUUCGAAAGCUCCCGAGGAAGACAGCUGGGCGAGUGGGAGACACGGCCGUGUUCUGUGUGGAGCUGGCCAAGCCAGAGGGCCCCAUCCACUGGCUGUGGAACCAGAAGGAGGUGGUGGCCGGGGGCCGAGUGGCCAUUACUGCCGAAGGCACGUGCCACACGCUGACCGUCUCCCAGUGCAGCCUGGACGAUGCCGGUGAGGUGGCCUUUGUGGCUGGGGGCUGCCGGACAUCCACCCAGUUCUGCGUGUCAGCCCCCAGAAGGCCGCUCCUGCGUGCUCCUGAGGCCCCUGUGGUGAAGGCCAGGACAGAGAGCUCUGUGACCCUUGGCUGGUCGCCACCACCCCAUGGGGACCGCCCUGUUGCUAUCGAUGGAUACCUGGUGGAGAGGAAGAGAGUGGGCACCUACCCCUGGAGCCGGUGCCAUGAAGACGAGUGGGUGGCAGUGCCUGAGCUGACUGUGGCUGGCGUGGCCGAGGAGGGGGAAUUCCAGUUCAGGGUGUCAGCUGUGAACAGCUUUGGCCACAGCCCCUACCUCGAGUUCCCGGGAACUGUACACCUGGCCCCGCAGCUGGCUGUGAAAACACCUCUGAAGGCGGUAGAGGCAGUGGAAGGCGGCGAGGUGACCUUCUCUGUGGACCUCACUGCGGCCUCAGCAGGGGAGUGGUUCCUGGACGGGCAGGCCCUGAAGGCCAGCAGCGCGUAUGUGAUACACUGUGACGGCACCCGGCACACCCUCACCAUUCGCUUGGUGCCCGUCAGCCUGCACGGGGCCGAGCUCAAGUUCGUGGCCAAUGGUAUCGAGAGCAGCAUCCGCAUGGAGGUCCGAGCAGCCCUGGGGCUGACGACCAAGGGUCCGGCAGCAGCAGUGGCAGCACGGGAGGUGCUGGCCCGGCUGCACGAGGAGGCCCAGCUCCUGGCCGAGUUAUCGGACCAGGCUGCAGCUGUGACGUGGCUCAAGGACGGACACGCACUGUCUCCAGGCCCCAAGUAUGAGAUGCAGGCAUCAGCCGGGCAGCGGGCACUGCUAGUGCGGGACGUGAAGCGAGAAGACGCAGGCCUGUAUGAGUGUGUCAGCCACGGCGACCGCAUCACCUACCAACUAUUGGUGCAAGAGUCCUCUGCGGUGUUUAUCAAGGGACAGCCAGCACAUAAAGAGGUGCAGGCCGUGGUGGGGGCCAGCACCACACUGAGCUGCGAGGUGGCCCAGGCCCAGACGGAGGUGAUGUGGUACAAGAACAGGAAGAAGCUGAAUUCAAGCUCAAAAGUGCAUGUGGAGGCCAAGGGCUGCACCCGGAGGCUGGUGGUGCAGCAGGUGGUCAAGGCAGAUGCCGGGGAGUACAGCUGUGAGGCCGGGGGCCAGAAGGUCUCCUUCCACCUGGAUGUCACAGAGCCCAAGGAGGUGUUUGCCAAGGAGCAGCCAGCACGCAGUGAAGUUCAGGCCGUGGCGGGGGCCAGUGCCACGCUGAGCUGCGAGGUGGCCCAGGCCCAGACGGAGGUGACGUGGUACAAGGAUGGAAAGAAGCUGAGUUCGAGCUCGAAAGUGCGUGUGGAGGCCACGGGCCGAGGGCGGCGGCUGGUGGUGCAGCAGGCGGGCAAGGCAGACGCCGGGGAGUACAGCUGCGAGGCUGGGGGCCAGAGGGUCUCCUUCCACCUGGAUGUCACAGAGCCCAAGGAGGUGUUUGCCAAGGAGCAGCCGGCACGCAGUGAAGUGCAGGCCGUGGCGGGGGCCAGUGCCACGCUGAGCUGCGAGGUGGCCCAGGCCCAGACGGAGGUGACGUGGUACAAGGAUGGAAAGAAGCUGAGUUCGAGCUCGAAAGUGCGUGUGGAGGCCACGGGCCGAGGGCGGCGGCUGGUGGUGCAGCAGGCGGGCAAGGCAGACGCCGGGGAGUACAGCUGCGAUGCCGGGGGCCAGAAGGUCUCCUUCCACCUGGAUGUCACAGAGCCCAAGGAGGUGUUUGCCAAGGAGCAGCCGGCACGCAGUGAAGUGCAGGCCGUGGCGGGGGCCAGUGCCACGCUGAGCUGCGAGGUGGCCCAGGCCCAGACGGAGGUGACGUGGUACAAGGAUGGAAAGAAGCUGAGUUCGAGCUCGAAAGUGCGUGUGGAGGCCACGGGCCGAGGGCGGCGGCUGGUGGUGCAGCAGGCGGGCAAGGCAGACGCCGGGGAGUACAGCUGCGAGGCUGGGGGCCAGAGGGUCUCCUUCCACCUGGAUGUCACAGAGCCCAAGGUGGUGUUUGCCAAGGAGCAGCCAGCACGCAGUGAAGUGCAGGCCGUAGCGGGGGCCAGUGCCACGCUGAGCUGCGAGGUGGCCCAGGCCCAGAUGGAGGUGACGUGGUACAAGGAUGGAAAGAAGCUGAGUUCGAGCUCGAAAGUGCGUGUGGAAGCCAAGGGCUGCACCCGGCAGCUGGUGGUGCAGCAGGCAGGGAAGGUGGAUGCUGGAGAGUACAGCUGUGAAGCCAGGGGCCAGAAGGUCUCCUUCCACCUGGAUGUCACAGAGCCUAUGGUGGUGUUUGCCAAGGAGCAGCCGGCACGCAGUGAAGUGCAGGCCGUGGCGGGGGCCAGUGCCACGCUGAGCUGCGAGGUGGCCCAGGCCCAGACAGAGGUGACGUGGUACAAGGAUGGAAAGAAGCUGAGUUCGAGCUCGAAAGUGCGUGUGGAAGCCACGGGCCGAGGGCGGCGGCUGGUGGUGCAGCAGGCGGGCAAGGCAGACGCCGGGGAGUACAGCUGCGAGGCUGGGGGCCAGAGGGUCUCCUUCCACCUGGAUGUCACAGAGCCGGAACUUGAGCCCCCGACCCUGGAGAGACCCAGACGCAGGGAACCUCUGGUGGUCAGGGAACACGAGGACAUCGUCCUGACAGCCACGCUGGCCGCACCCUCUGUGGCCGCGGUGACUUGGCUCAAGGAUGGUGUGGAGAUUCGCAGCAGCAAGCGGCAUGAGACGGCCAGCCUGGGGGACACCCACACCCUGACUGUGCAUGGCGCGCAGAUCCUGGACAGUGCCGUCUACUGCUGCCGCCUGGGCGCAGAGGAGCAGGACUUCCCGGUGCAGGUGGAAGAGGUGGCUGCCAAGUUCUGCCGUCCCCUGGAGCCCGUGAGCGGGGAGCUGGGCGGCACAGUGAAGCUGGUCUGCGAGCUGAGCCCGGCACAGGCCCAGGUGGUGUGGCGCCACGGGAGCACGCAACUCCGGGCCGGCAAACGCUUCCAGAUGGCGGCUGCGGGACUUCAGCGCUCGCUCACUGUGUCGGACCUGCGGGCGGAAGAUGCGGGGGAUUACGUGUGCGAGAGCCGCGACGACCACACCAGCGCCAUGCUCACCGUGAGCGUCCCCCGCGUGGUCAAGUUCACGUCUGGGCUGAGCGCAGUGGUCGCGGAGGAGGGCUGCGAGGCCACCUUCCAGUGCGUGGUGACUCCCAGCGACGUGGCGGUGACGUGGUUCCGGGAUGGCGUCAAGCUACAGUCCAGCGAGAAGUUUCUCAUAUCGCAGAAGGGUGCCAGCCACAGCCUGACUAUCUUGGGCCUGGCCCUGGAGGAUGCCGGCCAGAUCACCGCGGAGGCUGAGGGCAUCAAGACCAUGGCUGCCCUCCGGGUCCGAGAGGCCCCAGUGUUGUUCAAAAAAAAGCUGGAGCCACAGACUGUGGAAGAGUGGAGCUCGGUGACCAUGGAGGUGGAGCUGACGCGGCCAUGGCCGGAGGUCAAGUGGACACGCAACGCCGCGGCCCUGGUGGCAGGCGAGAAUGUGGAGAUACACGCCGAGGGCCCAAGUCACCGCUUGGUUCUCCGCAGUGUGGGUUUCGCUGACCGUGGUUUCUACGGCUGCGAGACAGCGGACGAUAAGACGCAGGCCAAGCUGACUGUGGAAAUGCGCCAGGUCCGGCUUGUGCGGGGCCUGCAGACAGUGGAGGUGCAGGAGCAGGGCACAGCCACAAUGGAAGUAGAGCUGUCUCAUGCUGAUGUGGAGGGCAGCUGGACUCGAGAUGGCCUUCGGCUCCAGCCGGGACCCACGUGCCAGCUGGUGGUGCACGGCCCCACCCAUAUCCUUACGCUGUCUGGGCUGCAGAGGCAGGACAGUUGCCUGGUUUCCUUCAGGGCGGAGGGCGUGCACACAUCUGCACGGCUGGUGGUCACUGAGCUGCCUGUGAAGUUCAGCCGCCCUCUGCAGGACGUGGUGGCCACGGAAAAGGACAAGGUGGUCCUGGACUGUGAGCUCUCACGCCCCAAUGUGGAUGUGCGCUGGUUGAAGGACGGUGUGGAGCUGCGGGGGAGCAAGACGGUGGGCAUGGGGGCCCAGGGGGCCUGCAGGAGUCUCGUCAUUUACCGAUGUGAGCUUGGGGACCAGGGCGUGUACGUGUGUGAUGCCCACGAUGCUCAGAGCUCGGCCUCCCUGAAGGUGCAAGGCCGAAAUGUCCAGAUCGUGAGGCCUCUGGAGGAUGUGGAAGUGAUGGAGAGGGAGGGUGCCACCUUCUCCUGCGAGGUCUCCCACGAUGAGGUGCCUGCCCAGUGGUUCCGGGAGGGCAGCAAGCUUCGGCCCAGUGACAAUGUGCGGAUCCGCCAGGAAGGAAGGACAUACACUCUCAUCUAUCGGAGGGUCCUGGUGGAAGAUGCAGGGGAAAUCAAAUUUGUAGCACAACGGGCAGAGUCACGAGCCCAGCUCCGAGUAAAAGAGCUGCCAGUAUCCAUCCUGCGCCCGCUGCGGGACAAGAUCGCAAUAGAGAAGCACCGCGGUGUGCUCGAGUGCCAGAUGUCGAGGGCCAGUGCCCGGGUGCGGUGGUUCAAGGGCAGCGUGGAACUGCAGCCUGGGGCCAAGUAUGAGAUGGUCAGUGACGGCCUCUACCGCCAGCUAGUCAUCAACGCCGUCCAGCCUGAGGACGAGGACACUUAUACCUGUGAUGCUGGCGAUGUUAAGACCAGUGCCCAGUUCUUUGUGGAAGAGAAAUCCAUCACUAUCGUGCGGGGCCUGCAGGAUGUGACGGUGAUGGAGCCCGCCCCUGCCUGGUUCGAGUGUGAGACCUCCAUCCCCUCGGUGCGGCCGCCUAAGUGGCUCCUGGGGAAGACAGUGCUGCAGGCAGGGGCUGACGUGGGAAUGGAACAGGAGGGCACAGUGCACCGGCUGACGCUGCGGCGUACCUGCUCCACCAUGACCGGGCCAGUGCACUUCACCAUUGGCAAAUCACGCUCCACCGCCUGCCUGGUCGUCUCAGACAUUCCCAUGGUGCUCACGCGGCCACUAGAGCCCAAGGUGGGGCGCGAGCUGCAGUCGGUAGUCCUGUCCUGUGACUUCAAGCCAUCCCCCAAGACCGUGCAGUGGUACAAGGAGGAGACACCCCUGGUGCCAUCUGACAAGUUCAAGAUGAGGCUGGAGGGCCACAUGGCAGAGCUGUGCGUCCUGCGGCUCAGCCCCGCGGAUGCUGGUGUCUACCGCUGCCAGGCCGGCAGUGCCCAGAGCAGCGCUGAGGUUACUGUGGAAGUGCGGGAGGUGACGGUGACGCAGCCACUGCAGGACUUGGAGGUCACGGAGGAGGGCUGUGCCUGCUUCUCCUGCGAGCUGUCCCACGAGGACGAGGAGGUGGAGUGGUCGCUCAAUGGGACGCCACUGUAUAACGACAGCUUACACGAGAUUACCCACGAGGGCCGCCGCCACACGCUGGUGCUGAAGCAGGUCCAACGGGCUGACACGGGCACCGUAUGCGCCUCCUCGCCCAAGGUUAUGGCCUCGGCCCACCUGGAGGUCAAAGGGAAGCCGGUGGUGUUCCUGAAGGCGCUGGACGAUGUGUCCGUGGAGGAGUGGGGCACGCUGGCCUUGCGGUGCGAGGUCUCUGACCACCAGGCUCGUGUGGUGUGGCGAAAGGAUGGCAUGGAGUUGGGCCCCAGUGAGAAGUAUGAAUUCCUGUACACAGCGGGCACUCGGGGACUCACGGUGCACAACCUGAGCAGGGACGAUGCUGGCCUGUACACCUGCGACGUGGGCACUGAUGAGACCCGUGCCCAUGUCAGCGUGCACGACCUGCACGUGGGCAUCACCAAGAGGCUGAAGACAGUGGAGGUGACGGAGGGCGAGAGCUGCAGCUUUGAGUGCGUCCUGUCCCAUGAGAACACUAGCGAUGUUGCCGUAUGGAUGGUUGGUGGGAAAGCGGUGGGCAGCUCUGGCCGCUUCCGGGCCACACGCCAGGGCCGCAAGUAUACGCUGGCCGUCCGAGAUGCUCUGCUAAGUGACGCUGGGGAGGUGGUCUUCUCUGUGCGGGGCCUCACCUCCAAGGCCUCGCUCAUCAUCAGAGAGAGGCCAGUUGACAUUACGAAGCCACUGGAAGACCAGCGGGCCAUGCUGGGUGAGGAUGUGGUGCUGAGGUGUGAGCUGUCACAGGAGGGGACCCCAGUGCGCUGGCUGAAGAAUGGGAAAGCCAUUCGUAAGAGUCGGAAGUAUGAGCUUCUCAUCGAAGGCACUCGAGCCAUGCUGGUCAUCCAUGCAGCCUCACUCAAAGAUUCUGGCGAGUACACGUGUGAGACGGAGUCUUCCAAAAGCACAGCCAGCCUCCGAGUGGAAGAAAAGCCAAACCGGUUCACAGAGGAGCUGGCUGACCUGCAGGUAGAGGAGAAGGGCACAGCUGUGUUUGCCUGCAAGACGGAGCGCCCCGCGGCCUCAGUGACCUGGCGCAAGGGCCUCACAGAGCUGCAAACCUCGGAGAAGCAUGCUCCCAGCCAGGAGGGCGUGACCUUGAGGCUCACCAUCAGCGCCCUGGAGAAGGCGGACAGUGACACUUACACCUGUGACAUUGGCCAGGCCCAGUCCCAGGCUCGGCUCCUGGUGAAAGGCCAGAAAGUGCUCAUCACGGAGGACCUGAAGGACUUGGAGGUGCAGGAGGGCUCCUCGGCCACCUUCUGCUGCCGUAUCUCCCCUGCCGACUACAAGCCCGUCCACUGGUUCUUGGACAAAACCCCACUGUCUGCCAGCAAACUCAGUGAGAUCAAGGUCCAGCCAGGUGGCUACCAUGUGCUUACCCUGCGGCAGCUGGCCCUCAAGGACUCAGGCACCAUCCAUUUUGAGGCAGGCGACCAGCGGACCUCAGCUGCCUUGCAGGUCAUAGAGAAGCCAGGUGUUUUCUCCCGGGAGCUCACAGAUGCCACAGUCAUGGAGGGGGAAGAUCUGACCCUGGUCUGUGAGACUGCUGCUUUAGACAACCCUGUGUGCUGGACCAAGGACGGGAAGGCCCUGCGGCCGUCGGCCCGGUGCCGUCUGAGCUAUGAGGGCCGCCGAGCCCAACUGGUCAUCACUGACACCACCCUUCAGGACGGUGGGCGCUACAAGUGUGAGGCUGGCGGUGCCUGGAGCAGCUCCGUUGUCAGGGUCCAUGCUCAGCCAGUGCGGUUCGAAGAGGGGCUGAAGGACGUGGAGGUACUGGAGGGUGGUGCUGCCACACUACACUGCAUGCUGUCAUCGGUGGCCAUGCCCGUGGAGUGGCGUCAUGGAGAUGAGGUUGUGCAGCCUGGAGGCAAGUACAGCCUGCGGCAGGAGGGUACCAUGCUGGAACUGCUCAUCCGGGACCUGCGGCCUCAGGACAGCGGGCAGUACUCCUGCUGCUUCAGGGACCAGAUAACAUCGGCCAGGCUCACCGUACAGGCCCUACCUGCUGAGUUCAUAGGAAGACUGAGAAGCAAGGAGGCCAGGGAAGGGACCACGGCCACGCUGCGCUGUGAGCUGAGCAAGGCAGCCCCUGUGGAGUGGAGGAAGGGGCCUGAGACCCUCAGAGCUGGAGACAGAGUGAGCCUGAGGCAGGAUGGAGCCGUGUGUGAGCUGGAGAUCCGUGGCCUGACCGUGGAGGAUGCUGGGGAGUACUCGUGUGUGUGCGGGCAGGAGAAGACAUCAGCCACACUCACUGUCAGGGGCCUGCCUGCCAAGUUCACAAAGGGUCUGAGGAAGGAAGAGGCCAUGGAAGGGGCCACGGCCAUGCUGCGCUGUGAGCUGAGCAAGGCAGCCCCUGUGGAGUGGAGGAAGGGGCCCGAGACCCUCAGAGCUGGAGACAGAGUGAGCCUGAGACAGGACGGAGCCGUGUGUGAGCUGAAGAUCCGUGACCUGGUUGUGGCAGAUGCCGGGGAGUACUUGUGCAUGUGCGGGCAAGAGAGAACAGCAGCCAGGCUGACUGUCAGGGCCCUGCCCACCAAAUUCACAAAGGGUCUGAGGAAGGAGGAGGCCACAGAAGGGACCACGGCCACACUGCGCUGCGAGCUGAGCAAGACGGCCCCCGUGGAGUGGAGGAAGGGGCCCGAGAUCCUCAGAGCCGGGGACAGAGUGAGCCUGAAGCAGGACGGGGCCGUGUGUGAGCUGGAGAUCCGUGGCCUGGCUGUGGCGGACACUGGGGAGUACUCGUGUGUGUGCGGGCAGGAGAGGACCUCAGCCACGCUCACUGUCAGGGCCCUGCCUGCCAAGUUCACAAAGGGUCUGAAGAAUGAAGAAGCCAUGGAAGGGGCUACAGCCACCCUGCUCUGUGAGCUGAGCAAGGCGGCCCCUGUGGAGUGGAGGAAGGGGCCCGAGACCCUCAAACCUGGGGACAGAGUGAGCCUGAAGCAGGAUGGGGCCAAGUGUGAGCUGCAGAUACAUGGCCUGGUUGUGGCGGACUCCGGGGAGUACUCGUGUGUGUGCGGGCAGGAGAGGACUUCUGCCACACUGGCCAUCAGGGCCCUACCUGCUCGGUUCAUCCAAGAUCUGAAGACCAAGGAGGCCACAGAAGGGGCCACUGCCAUACUGCACUGUGAGCUGAGCAAGGAAGCUGCUGUGGAGUGGAAGAAGGGACCUGAGACCCUCAGAGCUGGAGACAGAGUGAGCCUGAGGCAGGAUGGAACCGUGUGUGAGCUGGAGAUCCGUGGCCUGACCGUGGAGGAUGCUGGGGAGUACUCGUGUGUGUGCGGGCAGGAGAAGACAUCAGCCACGCUCACCGUCAGGGGCCUGCCUGCCAAGUUCACAAAGGGUCUGAGGAAGGAAGAGGCCAUGGAAGGGGCCACGGCCAUGCUGCGCUGUGAGCUGAGCAAGGCAGCCCCUGUGGAGUGGAGGAAGGGGCCCGAGACCCUCAGAGCUGGAGACAGAGUGAGCCUGAGGCAGGAUGGGGCCGUGUGUGAGCUGGAGAUCCAUGGCCUGGUUGUGGCAGAUGCCGGGGAGUACUCAUGCGUGUGUGGUCAGGAAAAAACCUCAGCCAUGCUCACUAUCAGGGCUCUACCUACUGAGUUCAUAAGAAGAUUGAGUAGCAAGGAGGCCACAGAAGGCACCACGGCCACGCUGCACUGUGAGCUGAGCAAGGAAGCUGCUGUGGAGUGGAAGAAGGGACCUGAGACCCUCAGAGCUGGAGACAGAGUGAGCCUGAGGCAGGAUGGAGCCGUGUGUGAGCUGGAGAUCCGUGGCCUGACCGUGGAGGAUGCUGGGGAGUACUCGUGUGUGUGCGGGCAGGAGAAGACAUCAGCCACGCUCACCGUCAGGGGCCUGCCUGCCAAGUUCACAAAGGGUAUGAAGAAGGAAGAGGCCAUGGAAGGGGCCACAGCCACGCUGCACUGUGAGCUGAACAAGGCAGCCCCUGUGGAGUGGAGGAAGGGUCCCGAGACCCUCAGAGCCGGGGACAGAGUGAGCCUGAGGCAGGACGGGGCCGUGUGUGAGCUGGAGAUCCGUGACCUAGUUGUGGCAGAUGCCGGGGAGUACUCGUGUGUGUGUGGUCAGGAGAAAACCUCAUCCACACUCACUGUCAGGGCCCUUCCCACCAAGUUCACAAAGGGUCUGAGGAAGGAGGAGGCCACAGAAGGGGCCAUGGCCACACUGCACUGCGAGCUGAGCAAGGCAGCCCCUGUGGAGUGGAGGAAGGGGCCUGAGACCCUCAGAGCUGGAGACAGAGUGAGCCUGUGGCAGGAUGGAGCCGUGUGUGAGCUGGAGAUCCGUGGCCUGACCGUGGAGGAUGCUGGGGAGUACUCGUGUGUGUGCGGGCAGGAGAGGACAUCAGCCACGCUCACCGUCAGGGGCCUGCCUGCCAAGUUCACAAAGGGUCUGAGGAAGGAAGAGGCCAUGGAAGGGGCCACGGCCAUAAUGAGCUGUGAGCUGAACAAGGCAGCCCCCGUGGAGUGGAGGAAGGGGCCCGAGACCCUCAGAGCUGGAGACAGAGUGAGCCUGAGGCAGGACGGGGCCGUGUGUGAGCUGGAGAUCCGUGACCUAGUUGUGGCAGAUGCCGGGGAGUACUCGUGUGUGUGUGGUCAGGAGAAAACCUCAUCCACACUCACUGUCAGGGCCCUUCCCACCAAGUUCACAAAGGGUCUGAGGAAGAAGGAGGCCAUAGAAGGGGCCACGGCCACACUGCACUGCGAGCUGAGCAAGGCAGCCCCUGUGGAGUGGAGGAAGGGGCCUGAGACCCUCAGAGCUGGAGACAGAGUGAGCCUGAGGCAGGACGGAGCUGUGUGUGAGCUGGAGAUCCGUGGCCUGACCGUGGAGGAUGCUGGGGAGUACUCGUGUGUGUGUGGGCAGGAGAAGACAUCAGCCACGCUCACCGUCAGGGGCCUGCCUGCCAAGUUCACAAAGGGUCUGAGGAAGGAAGAGGCCAUGGAAGGGGCCACGGCCAUAAUGAGCUGUGAGCUGAACAAGGCAGCCCCCGUGGAGUGGAGGAAGGGGCCCGAGACCCUCAGAGCUGGAGACAGAGUGAGCCUGAGGCAGGACGGGGCCGUGUGUGAGCUGGAGAUCCGUGACCUAGUUGUGGCAGAUGCCGGGGAGUACUCGUGUGUGUGUGGUCAGGAGAAAACCUCAUCCACACUCACUGUCAGGGCCCUUCCCACCAAGUUCACAAAGGGUCUGAGGAAGAAGGAGGCCAUAGAAGGGGCCACGGCCACACUGCACUGCGAGCUGAGCAAGGCAGCCCCUGUGGAGUGGAGGAAGGGGCCUGAGACCCUCAGAGCUGGAGACAGAGUGAGCCUGAGGCAGGACGGAGCUGUGUGUGAGCUGGAGAUCCGUGGCCUGACCGUGGAGGAUGCUGGGGAGUACUCGUGUGUGUGUGGGCAGGAGAAGACAUCAGCCACGCUCACCGUCAGGGGCCUGCCUGCCAAGUUCACAAAGGGUCUGAGGAAGGAAGAGGCCAUGGAAGGGGCCACGGCCAUGAUGAGCUGUGAGCUGAACAAGGCAGCCCCCGUGGAGUGGAUGAAGGGGCCCGAGACCCUCAGAGCCAGGGACAGAGUGAGCCUGAGGCAGGACGGGGCCGUGUGUGAGCUGGAGAUCCGUGACCUGGUUGUGGCAGAUGCCGGGGAGUACUCGUGUGUGUGUGGUCAGGAGAAAACCUCAUCCACACUCACUGUCAGGGCCCUUCCCACCAAGUUCACAAAGGGUCUGAGGAAGAAGGAGGCCAUAGAAGGGACCACGGCCAUGCUACGCUGUGAGCUGAGCAAGGCAGCCCCUGUGGAGUGGAGGAAGGGGCCUGAGACCCUCAGAGCUGGAGACAGAGUGAGCCUGAGGCAGGAUGGAGCCGUGUGUGAGCUGGAGAUCUGUGGCCUGACCGUAGAGGAUGCUGGGGAGUACUCGUGUGUGUGCGGGCAGGAGAAGACAUCAGCCACGCUCACCGUCAGGGGCCUUCCUGCCAAGUUCACAAAGGGUCUGAGGAAGGAAGAGGCCACGGAAGGGGCCAUGGUCAUGCUGCACUGUGAACUGAGCAAGGCAGCCCCCGUGGAAUGGAGGAAGGGGCCCGAGACCCUCAGAGCCGGGGACAGAGUGAGCCUGAGGCAGGACGGGGCCGUGUGUGAGCUGGAGAUUCAUGGCCUGGUUAUGGCGGAUGCCGGGGAGUACUCUUGUGUGUGCGGGCAGGAGAGGACCUCUGCCACGCUGACCAUUAGGGCCCCACAGGUGGUGUUCAGGAAGCCACUGCAGAGCCUGCAGGCUGAGGAGGGCACCUCAGCCAGCCUGCGGUGUGAGCUGUCUGAGCCUAGCGCCGCUGUGGUCUGGAGUAAGGGUGGCCUGGAGCUGCAGGCUGACGAGCGCUGGGAGCCACAGCAGCGGGGCCACGUGGCGGAGCUGGUGUUUCAGGACUUGCGCCGGGAGGACACUGGAGAAUACACCUGCACCUGCGGCUCCCAGGCCACCAGUGCCACCCUCACCGUCACAGUUGCACCCGUGAGGUUCCUUCGGGAGCUGCAGGCCCAGGAGGUAGACGAGGGUGCAACGGCACACCUGCGCUGUGAACUGAGCCGGGCAGGUGCCAGCGUGGAGUGGCGCAAGGGCUACCUGCAGCUCUUCCCCUGUGCCAAGUACCAGAUGGUGCUGGAGGGCACAGCCGCUGAGCUGCUGGUGCACGGUGCAGAGCAGGAGGAUGCCGGCCCCUACACCUGCGACACAGGCCAUGCACAGAGCACUGCCAGCCUCUCUGUCCGCGCCCCUAGGCCCACAUUUAAGACGGAGCUGCAGAGUGCAGAGCAGGAGGCGGGUGGUGUGGCCCGGCUGUGCUGCCAGCUGAAUGACUCAGAGCCUGGGGCCCCCGUGCUGUGGCUCAAGGAGGGUGUGGAACUGCAAGGGAGUCCCAAGUAUGAGAUGCGACGCAAGGGGGCCACGUGUGAGCUGCUGAUCCACGGACUUGAGGCCAAGGACACGGGCGAGUACACCUGCAUGGUGGGCAGCCAGAAAACCUUGGCCUCCCUCACAGUCAAAGAGCCCGAGGUGACCAUUGUGCGGGGCCUGGUUGACACCGAGGUGCAGGCCGACGGGGAAGCAGAGUUCAGCUGUGAAGUGUCGCGGGCUGGGUUCGUGGAUGUGGAGUGGCGCCUCCAGGGCCUGCCACUGCAGAGCAGUGAGGUGACAGAAGUGGCCGUGCGGGGGGGCCGCACCCACACACUGCGGCUGAAGAGCGUGACUCCCGAGGAUGCGGGCACUGUCUCCUUCCGCGUGGGCCUCCACACGUCCUCUGCCCAGCUCACCGUCACAGCCCCUGAGGUGACCAUCCUGGAGUCCCUGCAGGAUGUGCAGCUCAGCGAGGGCCAGGACGCCCACUUCCAGUGCCGACUGUCAAGGGCCUUGGGCCAGGAGGCCCACUGGGCCCUGGGAGGGGUGCCCCUGCAGGCCAACGAGAUGAACGACAUCACGGUGGAGCAUGGCACACUCCACUUGCUCACCCUGCACAAGGUGACCCCUGAAGAUGCCGGAACCAUCAGUUUCCAAGUGGGCUCAUGUCGCUCAGAGGCCCAGCUGAAGGUCACAGAGGCAGCACCGUGCCUGGUACGUGGCUUACAGAACGUGGACGUCUUUGCGGGGGAGGUGGCCACGUUCUCCUGUGAGGUGUCCCGUGCGGGUGGGCCGGAGGCCCACUGGUGGCUGGAUGGGACCCUGCUGCAGGACGGCCCCCAGAGUGCCAUCUCCGUGCGUGAUGGGACCUUCCAUUCUCUCACGCUCUCAGGCCUGGGGGUCACUGACUCAGGCACCAUCACCUUCCGGGCAGGGCCCUUGGUCUCCAGGGCCAAGUUGUUGGUCAAAGAUCCCACAGUGGAAGUGGUCAGUGCCAUGCAGGACCUGGCAGUGGAGGAGGGUGGCCCGGCUGAACUCCUCUGCCAGUACUCACGGCCCGUGCAGGCCACGUGGACGAAGGACGAGCAGGAGGUGUGCGCUGAUGGGCGCCGUGUCAUCAUAGAGCAGGACUGGACCGUGGCCAGGCUGUCCUUCAGGCCGGCCUUGCCCUGCGACAGCGGCAUCUAUACUUGUGAGGCCGCGGGCACCCGCGUGGUGGCCCUGCUGCAAGUGCAAGCCAAGAACACCGUGGUGAGAGGCCUGGAAAACGUGGAGGCACCUGAGGGCGGUGAGGCGCUGUUCGAGUGCCUCUUGUCCCAGCCGGAGGUGGCCGCCCACACCUGGCUGCUGGAUGAUGAGCCGGUGCGCACCUCUGAGAACGCCGAGGUGGUUUACUUUGAGAACGGCCUGCGGCACCUGCUGCUGCUCAAAAACCUGCGGCCUCGAGACAGCUGCCGGGUGACCUUCCUGGCGGGGGACGUGGUGACAUCUGCCUUCCUCACAGUCCGGGGCUGGCGCUUGGAGGUCUUGGAGGCACCCCGGGACGCAGCCGUGCUGGCCGGGGGGCGGGCCAGCUUCAGCUGCACGCUCAGCGAGACAGUGCCGGUGGGUGAGGCGACCUGGUACAUAAACGGAGCCUCGGUGCAGCCUGACGACGCAGACUGGACAGUCACCGCCGAAGGCAGCCACCACACCCUGCUGCUGCACCGGGCCCGGCCGCACCACGCCGGCGAGGUCACCUUCGCCGCCCGUGAUGCCGUGGCCUCUGCGAGGCUCACUGUGCUGGGCCUCCCCGAUCCCCCAGAGGACGCCGAGGUGGUGGGGCGCAGUGGCAGCUCCGUGACACUGUCUUGGGUGGCUCCCACGAAUGACGGCGGAGGCGGUCUCUGUGGCUAUCGGGUAGAGGUGAAGGCAGCGGCCACAGGAGAGUGGCAGCUGUGCCACGAGCUGGUGCCCGGGCCCGAGUGCCUGGUGGAUGGCCUGGUCCCCGGGGAGACCUACCGCUUCCGUGUGGCCGCAGUGGGCGCGGCAGGCGCUGGGGAGCCUGUGUACCUGCCGCAGACAGUGAGGCUUGCAGAGCCCCAGGAGCCCACGCUUGCACCCCCUGCCCCUGAGAGCCGGCAGGUGGCAGCUGGGGAGGACUUGUGUCUGGAGUGUGAGGUGGCCGAGGCUGGUGAGGUCAUCUGGCUGAAGGGAACAGAGCGCAUCCAGCCCAGUGGGCGCUUCCAGCUUCUCAGCCGGGGUCGGCAGCAGACGCUGUUGAUUCGGGACUUCUCAGAGGAGGACCAGGGCGAGUAUCGCUGUGCCCCUGCACGGGACCCUGUCUCUGUGGCGGCUGCUGCCUUCCAGGUGGUGCUGACCCCAGAAUCUGGAGAUGAGGUCCCCACACAGCCCAGCCUGCCCCCUGAGGCGGCCCAGGAAGGCGACCUGCAUCUCCUGUGGGAGGCCCUGGCCCGGAAGCGCCGCAUGAGCCGAGAGCCUACGCUGGACUCCAUCAGCGAGCUGCCCGAGGAGGACGGACGCCCGCAGCGCCUGCGGCAGGAGGUAGAGCAGGAGGCUCCCGACCUCUCUGAGGACUCUUCCACGGCUGACGAGCUGGCACGCACCGGCGAGGCUGACCUCUCACACACCAGCUCUGACGACGAGUCCCGUGCGGGCACUCCUUCCCUGGUGACCUACCUCAAGAAGGCUGGGAGGGCCAGUGCCUCACCACUGGCCAGCAAGGUUGAGGCCCCAGCCGCCCCUUCUGGGAAGCCACAAAAGCAGCAGGAGAAGCCAGCUUCAGUACCCCCACCACCAGGAGACCUGAGCGUUGGGGACUUGGGUGACCUAUCCGUGGACAAGGCAGCAGUGAAGAUCCAGGCUGCCUUCAAGGGUUAUAAGGUCCGGAAGGAGAUACAGCAGCAGGAGGGGCCUGUGUUCUGCCACACGUUUGGGGACACCGUGGCACAGGUGGGAGAUGUCCUGCGUCUGGAGUGUGUAGUGUCCAGCAAGACAGAUGUGCGUGCCCACUGGCUGAAGGACGGUGUGCAGCUGACUGAUGGCCGGCACCACCACAUUGACCAGCUUGGGGAUGGCACCUGCUCUCUGCUGGUCACUAGCCUGGGCCGGGCCGACGCUGGCCACUACACCUGUCAGGUGAGCAACAAGUUUGGCCGUGUGGCCCACAGUGCCUAUGUGGUGGUCAGUGGGAUGGAGAGUGAGACCGAGAGUUCCUCCGGGAGUGAGCUGGAUGACAACUUCCGCCGGGCCGCCCGGCGGCUGCACCGCCUGUUCUGCACCAAGGGCCCGGCAGAGGUUUCAGACGAGGAGAUCUUCAGCGCUGACAAGGGCAAGGCAGAGCCCGAGGAGCCUGGGGACUGGCAGACAUACCGCGAAGAUGAACAGUCCAUCUGCAUCCGCUUCGAGACGCUUGCCGAGGCCCGCCGGGCAGCCACCUGCUUCCGGGACAUGUUUGGCACGCUGGACAACAGAGUGGACAUCAGCCUGUCAGAGCAGGGGCUGCAUGGGGUGGAGAUGCGCAUUGGCAAGGUGGCCCCCACCCCUGCAGCGCCUCCGGAGCCAGUACUGGCCGCAGAGGCAGCCCCGGUGUUCCUGACCGAGCUACAGAAUCAGGAGGUGCUGGAUGGGUACCCCGUGAGCUUUGACUGUGUGGUGACAGGCCAGCCCGUGCCCAGUGUGCGCUGGUUCAAGGACGGGAGGGUGCUGGAGGAGAAUGACCACUACAUGAUCAGUGAGGACCAGCAGGGCGGCCACCAGCUCAUCAUCACAGCUGUGGUGCCAGCAGACAUGGGUGUCUACCGCUGCCUGGCUGAGAACAGCGUGGGUGUGUCCUCUACCAAAGCGGAGCUCCGCGUGGACCUGACCAGCACCGACUACGAAACUGCUGUGGAUGCCACGGAAACCUCGUCCUAUUUCAGCGCCCAAGGCUACCUGUCCAGUUGGGAGCAGGAGGGCACGGAGUCUACCCCAGAGGAGGGGCAGCUGCCGCAGGUCGUGGAGGACCUGAAAGACCUCCAGGUGGCCCCCGGCACGCGUCUGGCCAAGUUCCAGCUCAAGGUGAAAGGCUACCCCACGCCUCGACUGUACUGGUUCAAAGAUGGGCAGCCCCUGACUGCAUCUGCACACAUCUGCAUGACAGACAGGAAGGCACUGCACACCCUGGAGAUUGUCUCGAUCACCAGCGAGGAUGCUGGCCAGUACUCGGCCUACAUCAGCAACACCGUGGGUGCUGCUUAUUCGUCUGCUCGGCUGCUGGUCCGAGGCCCCAAUGAACCGGAAGAGAAGCCAGCAUUCGAUGUACACCAACAGCUGGUGCCACCCCGAUUCCUGGAGAAGUUCACCUCCAAGAAGGUGAAGAAGGGCUCCAGCAUCACCUUCUCAGUGAAGGUUGAAGGAGACCCGCUCCCAGCUGUGCAUUGGCUGCGGGAGGAGGCUGAGCAGGGUGUCCUGUGGAUCGGCUGCCACACGCCGGGCUACACGGUGGCCAGCUCUGCCCAGCAGCACAGCCUGGUCCUUCUGGAUGUGGACCGACAGCACCAGGGCACCUACACCUGCAUCGCCACAAACACUGCUGGCCAAGCCCUCUGUUCUGCAAGCUUGCACGUCUCUGGCUUACCUAAGGAGGCUGGGGCAGCAGAGGAGCAGGCCGGGAUGAAGGAGGCCCUCAUCUCCACCUUCCUGCAGGGGACCCAAGUUGUUUCUGAACAGAUGUCGCAACCUUCAGGUUUCACUGACCUCGCUGGGCAGAGGAAAGGAGAGCUUCCGUCAUCAGAGGCCUGCGGCCACCUGUCCUUGGCUGAGGUGGGCACGGAGGAGUUCCUGAAGAAGCUCACUUCGCAGAUCACAGAGAUGGUGUCGGCCAAGAUCACACAGGCCACGCUGCAGGUGCCUGGAGGUGACAGCGAUGAGGAGUCCAAGACGCCGUCCGCAUCCCCCCGGCAUGGCCGGUCACGCCCCUCUUCCAGCGUCCAGGAGUCAUCCUCAGAGUCCGAGGAUGGAGACUACCGGGGAGAGAUCUUUGACAUCUAUGUGGUCACGGCUGACUACCUGCCCCUGGGGGCUGAGCAGGACGCCAUCUCGCUGCGGGAGGGCCAGUAUGUGGAGGUACUGGACUCGGCGCACCCGCUGCGCUGGCUUGUGCGCACCAAACCCACCAAGUCCAGCCUCUCUCGGCAAGGCUGGGUGUCUCCUGCCUACCUGGACAAGCGGCUCAAGCUGUCACCUGAGUGGGGGCCAGCUGAGGCCCCUGAGUUCCCCGGGGAGGCUGUGUCGGAGGAUGAGUACAAGACGAGGCUGAGCUCCAUCAUCCAGGAGCUGCUGAGCUCGGAGCAGGCCUUUGUGGGCAAGCUGCAGUUCCUGCAGAACCACCACAUGCAGUACCUGGACCACUGCCCCCACGUGCCCACGGCCGUGGCCAGCCAGAAGGCAGUCAUCUUCCGAAAUGUGCAGGACAUCAGUCACUUCCAUAGAAGCUUCUCACAGGAGCUGCAUAGCUGUGACACGGAUGACGACGUGGCCAUGUGCUUCAUCAAGAACCAGGCAGCCUUUGAGAAGUAUCUGGAGUUCCUGGUGGGCCGAGUGCAGGCUGAGUCGGUGAUGGUCAGCACGGCCGUGCAGGAGUUCUACAAGAAAUACACUGAGGAGGUGCUGUCAGCCGCAGAUCCUUCGCAGCCACCCCCGCCGUCCCUGCAGCACUUCCUGGAGCAGCCGGUGGAACGGGUCCAGCAGUACCAGGCCCUCCUCAAGGAGCUGAUCCGCAACAAGGCGCGGAAUGGACAGAACUGUGCACUGCUGGAGCAGGCCUACGCAGUGGUGUCAGCCCUGCCGCAGCGUGCUGAGAACCAGCUGCACGUGUCGCUCAUGGAGAACUACCCGGGCACCCUGGAGGCUCUAGGCGAGCCCAUCCGCCAGGGCCACUUCAUUGUGUGGGAGGGGACACCGGGUGCGCGGAUGCCGUGGAAGGGCCACCACCGGCAUGUCUUCCUGUUCCGCCACCACCUGGUGGUCUGCAAGCCCAAGCGGGACUCACGCACUGACACCUUCAGCUACGUCUUCCGGAACAUGAUGAAGCUGAGCAGCAUCGACCUGAACGACAAGGUGGAGGGCGAUGACCGUGCCUUCGAGGUUUGGCACGAGCGGGAGGACUCAGUACGCAAGUACCUGCUGCAGGCGCGGACGGUCAUCACCAAGAACUCCUGGGUGAAGGAGAUCUGUGGCAUCCAGCAGCGCCUGGCCCUGCCCGUGUGGCGCCCCCCGGAAUUUGAAGAGGAGCUGGCCGACUGCACGGCUGAGCUGGGCGAGACAGUCAAACUAGCCUGCCGUGUGACGGGCACACCCAAGCCCAUCGUGAGCUGGUAUAAAGAUGGGAAGCCAGUGGACGUGGACCCUCAUCACAUCCUCAUUGAAGACCCUGAUGGCUCGUGUGCCCUCAUCCUGGACAACCUGACUGGUGUCGACUCUGGCCAGUACAUGUGCUUUGCAGCCAGUGCUGCUGGCAAUGCCAGCUCCCUGGGCAAGAUCUUGGUGCAAGUCCCGCCUCGGUUUGUGAACAAGGUCCGGGCAGUGCCCUUUGUGGAAGGAGAAGAUGCCCAGAUCACCUGCACCAUCGAAGGUGUCCCACACCCUCAGAUCAGGUGGUACAAGGAUGGGGCCCUGCUGACCCCUGGGGGCAAAUACCAGAGCCUGAGUGAGCCCCGCAGCGGCCUGCUGGUGUUGGAGAUCCGGGCAGCUGGCAAGGAGGACCUGGGCCUCUAUGAGUGUGAGUUGGUGAACCGGCUGGGCUCCAAACGGGGCGGCGCGGAGCUGUUCAUGCAGAGCCCGGCGCUGCAGGCCCGAGAACAGCACCACGUGGAGCAGCUCGCUGCCGUGGAAGAUGCUGCCAUCGCACCCCCAGGUGCUCUGGGGCAAGUGGACCAGGAGAGCACAUCCAUCCAGAGGGCACUGAUGUGCCCUGAGGCUCCGGGACCCACCACAGGGGAACAUACCAGCCCCGGCCCCAGACCUGGGGGGCCACCUGAACUCCAGGAGGCCGGCCAGAAUCCCCCAGGAGUGGAGGCUGGGGAUGCAUCCGGCGAGCCCCAGAAGGUGCCGCAACGUCUCUCCCACGAGGGCCUGGAGCAGAACUCUCGGGCACACGCUGAGGUCCAGGAACGCGUGGUGCCCAUCCGGAUGGAGGGCGCUGCCUGCCCCAGGGCAGGUGCAACGGAGCUCUGGGACAUCCACAGCCACGUGUUCACAGAGACCAAGCACAGGACGUAUGUGUACCAGGCCAGCGACAUGUAUGCCACAAGGCCCCCAUCCAUGCAGGUCACCAUUGAGGAUGUGCAUGCCCAGAGGGGCAGCGUGGCGCAAUUCCAGGCUGUCAUUGAGGGCAACCCGCAGCCCACGGUGACCUGGUAUAAGGACGGUGCCCAGCUGGUGGAUGGCCCCCGGCUCAGCCAGCAGCAGGAAGGGACCACGUACUCCCUGGUACUAAGGGAUGUGGCCCAGCAUGACGCUGGUGUCUACACGUGCUUGGCCCACAACGCUGGCGGCCAGGUGCUAUGCAAGGCAGAGCUGCUGGUCCAUGGGGCUUCCCCCUCCCUGGCUACAGGCGACAGUGAGCAAAGCUCUAGGAGGAAACUGCACUCCUUCUACGAGGUCAAGGAGGAAAUUGGAAGGGGUGUGUUCGGCUUCGUGAAGAGGGUGCAGCACAAGGGCAACCAGAUGUCCUGCGCCGCCAAGUUCAUUCCCCUGCGGAGCAGGACACGUGUCCAGGCUUAUCGGGAGCGGGACAUCCUAGCAGGGCUGAGCCACCCGCUGGUCACUGCACUGCUGGACCAGUUUGAGACCCGAAAGACCCUGAUCCUCAUCCUGGAGCUGUGCUCGUCGGAGGAACUGCUGGACCGCCUGUUCAAGAAGAGUGUGGUGACAGAGGCCGAGGUCAAGGUCUACAUCCAGCAGCUGGUGGAGGGGCUGCACUACCUGCACGGCCAAGGCAUCCUCCACCUGGACAUAAAGCCCCCCAACAUCCUGAUGGUGCACCCUGCUCGGGAAGACAUUAAAAUCUGCGAUUUUGGCUUUGCCCAAAAAAUCACCCCGGCAGAGCCGCAGUACAGCAACUACGGCUCCCCUGAGUUCGUGGCCCCCGAGAUCAUCGAGCAGACCCCUGUGAGCGAGGCCUCAGACAUCUGGGCCAUGGGGGUCAUCUCCUACCUCAGCCUGACCUGCUCGUCCCCAUUUGCUGGCGAGAGUGACCGAGCAACCCUUCUGAAUGUCCUGGAAGGGCGGGUGUCCUGGAGUAGCCCCAUGGCCUCCCACCUCAGUGAGGAUGCCCAGGACUUCAUCAAGGCUGCUCUGCAGAAGGCCGUGGAGGCCCGGCCCAGUGCCGCCAAGUGCCUUGCCCACCCUUGGUUCCUGAAGUCUGUGCCUGCGGAAGAGGCCCACUUCAUCAACACCAAGCAGCUGAAGUUCCUCCUGGCCCGCAGCCGCUGGCAGCGCUCCCUGAUGAGCUACAAGUCCAUCCUGGUGAUGCGUUCCAUCCCGGAGCUGCUCCAGGGCCCGCCCGACAGCCCAUCCCUCGGGGUGGCCCGGCACCUGCGUGGUGAUGUCAGUGCCUCCUCCAGCAGCUCUUCCUCCUCCGACAACGAGCUGGCACCAUUCGCCCGGGCCAAGUCGCUACCCCCCCUCCCCGGUGACCCACUCCCCGCUGCUGCACCCCCGGGGCUUCCUGCGGCCUUCCGCCAGCCUGCCUGAGGAGGCCGAGGCCUGCCCACCCGCCGCAGCGUCGCCCCAGGGUGCACAGCCACCAGCUGCCCUGGGCUGUGUGCCCCGGCAGAGUGUCAUCCGAAGCCUGUUCUACCAGCAGGUGGGGGAGGGCCCAGAGCUAGGGGGCCUGUCCGCAGG